CCUCGACCACACCGACUCAAGUCUUCGCGAGAUCACCACCACCCAAGCUUUUGUAACGAUGCCAAGCAAGACGCCUUAUUCUGGCGUGGAGGGAUAUGACUUCAUCCUGAUCGGUGCCGGAUCAGCCGCAUGCCUCAUUGCGGCACGUCUCUCGCAGCAGCUACCCAAUCACCAGGUCCUAGUUCUCGAAGCUGGAGAGCACAUUCGCAAUGACCCAAACGUUCAAACGCCCGGUCUACAGGGUAAGCUGUUGUCAAAUCCUGCCUAUGAUUGGCGAUAUUCUUCCGCGCCGGAACCGGGCUUGAACAAUAGGAGUGUCAAGCACCCGAGGGGCAAGCUGGUGGGCGGUACUAGUGCGAUUAAUAGUCACAGUGUAGUAUUUCCGAACUACGAGUGGCAAGACCGUAUCGCCGAAGAGCUUCUAUCCGAUUCUGGGAAAGAAGAGUGGAGCUCUCAAGCCAUGAAAGAUUGCUACAACCGGUGGCAAAACGAAGGCUCUGGACCGCGAGUGGACGAUGAUGAGAGAUAUCUACAUCGAGUGCAAACAUCAUUCCCGAAAGCCAUCGAUGUCCUCCAGUCUGAGUGGAUUAGAGCUCAUGAGGAGCUUGGCCACGCAACAAGAACUACUGGGUUCACCGAGAGCUUUGUCGGAGCAGUGACUGCCGCCAAUGCGGUCAACUCUUCAAUAGGCGAGCGAAGCCAUGCAGCUACAGCAUUUCUGGAACCUGCGUUGGAAAGAGCCAACGUGACACUGAAGACUGGCGUAAAGGUUGAUAAGAUUGCAUUUGAUGAAGCAACGGCCGCAAAAGGGAAGCUUAAUGCUAAAGGUGUCUGGUAUAAACACCGAGGGAAAGAGUUUUUUAUCCAUGGCCGAGAAAUUGUUCUCUGCGCAGGUGCGUUUGAAUCUCCUGCUAUUUUGGAACGAUCUGGUAUCGGAUCCGAAUCAGUCCUCUCAGCCGCAAACGUUCCAGUUCUGUACGAACUUCCAGGAGUAGGAGAGAACCUACAAGACCACCUGAACUGUAGUUUGUCAUGCGAGACUCAUGAUGACAUCCCUACUCGUGACAGUGCAAUGCAGGAUCCUGAAGAAUCGAAGGCGGCACUGUUGGAGUAUCAACACAACCGCACUGGUCGAAUGGCGGAAGGAGCCGCAUACAGCUUUGCUUUCACGCCACUUCAGAUGCUGGAAAGCCCAACAGAGACACAGCAGCUCGUCGAAACGGUAAAAGCUUGUCUCGCAAAAGAGAGCAACGCCAGCCUACGAGCCCAGUACUCCGUCAUUCAAAAAGCGAUCGAGAAUCCCAACGAAGCAACCGCGACUAAUUUUAUGCUGCGCUCACAGCGCAAUCGAGACAGCGAAUCUAUGCCCAAAGGCACACCGCAAUUCGUCGACGGGAACUUUGUCACUGUUGUGGCAAUGCUAGCUCAUCCAUUCUCGCGCGGAAGCUGCCACAUUUCUUCUGAUCCCUCGCUCCAGCCGGAGAUCAAGUUCAACUACCUGUCCCAUCCGCUUGAUACGGAAAUACUGGCUCGCCACUUGCGGCUCAUCGAGAGGCUCUUUCAAAAGCCUACAUUCGCUGCUAUGACGAAGGCCGGUGGCAAAAGACUACCUCGGAGCUUUCCCCAUCCGCUAUCGUCGCUUGAUGAUGCAAAAGGGAUACUUGCGAUCAACUCGGCAACGAACUAUCAUCCUUGCGGGACUUGUUCUAUGAUGAGAGAGGAUCUGGGUGGCGUCAUCGACACGAGGUUGAGAGUGUAUGGGACGAAGAAUGUGAGGGUUUGCGAUGCGAGUGUUUUGCCUCUCAUACCCCGAGGAAACAUAUUAACUGCGGUUUACGCUUUUGCUGAGAAGGCAGUGGAAAUCAUCCGUAGGGAGGCCGAGUCUGAUCCCUCGCGGGUUUGACGUAUCUCCUUCGACACACAUGACCACGAGGACAUAAGCAAUUAGUGUUUCAACUCUGAUCAAACAAUCACGAAAAUCAUACUAUAGUUGUGUUUACAUCAAACGAGGACUGAAAAUCUGCAAGUCCAUCCCAAGGAGGACCCAGACUUUGAUAGCAUCAUUGUUUGCGGCAGCAGCCUUAACACUCGCGCUCCUAGUGAUAGUGGUGGCUGGGGCAGCAUUUUGUAAUACUUCGAAAACGU